CUCCAUUGCGCCCUCCUUGAGCGAGGUCCCUCGUUUCCUCAGAGACAUGUUCCAUCGAUGUGUGUAUACAGACAGACAGCGGUGAUCCAUCCAUGCGAUAGACACGGCAGCAGCCGAGUUCGUGCGAUCACAUCAGCAGAGAAAGACAAGGCCACCAGCUCCCCACCCUACUUACAGCCCUCCACCCAUAUCUACAGCCUCACCCCAAUUAAUUACACACGGCACAUCACACCCAUAAACCCACACACACACACAAAAACACACGUACAGACAAAGGCGACGGGUCGAAGCAGAUGGACGGCUGCAUGCCCUCAGGCAUCACGACGCCCUUCAUGAAUCACGCUACGCUAGCUGGCCAUCUCAGUUAGAUAAAGACCGACGCCAUGCGAUGCUCUCUCUCGUCACACGAAAGGCAGAUAGGCACAAGUGGACACGCACACAGAUAAACAAACCGCCGACUCACCCACACAUACACACAGUGAAUUAGCCACACAGAUAACACAGAUACCAUAGCAACACGCAGCUAAAUGGACCCCGUCCAUCGACUACUGGCAUGCUCACGCUGAGCGUCCCAGCACAGUGGGGUUGGGCGACCUCAACUGGGACGGCGUGGCGUCAUCGGGCACCACCGACCGGCUGCUGGGCGUCUGGCUCGUCGGGGUGGGCGCCACGCCCAGCGAUAUGUCGCCACCCAUAUCCUCAGCUUCGUCCUGACACUCAUGGACACACACACAGUGUCUCUCGUCGGGCUGUGCGUGUGGCGGAUGUUAAGCCGCUCACCUUCAUGCCAUCAUAGCCAAAGCCCCGGCCAGUCCGGGGCGCCCUGCUAGACUUCAUGUCAGCCUGGGAGACACACACAUGGAUGGAUCAUUCCACCACGUCUGUCUCCAAUAAGGCCGCAUUUCUGACCUUUCUCGACGUGGCCCGCGAAGAGGCCGAUGUCGAUCCAGUGGUGCUUCUGGUCUGCACCCAGCUGCUGUGUGAGGCCUUGGAGGAUGAUGAGUCGUCGGCGGACUGCAGCAGACGCGCCUUGCCUUUGCACCGGCGGCACAUGCACCAGCCUCCACAGAUCAGGGCGACCAUGAUGAUGAAAGCUGAAAGGGGAACACCAGACAACAUAACAUGGUGGGUGCUGGUCGCCGAGUAGCUGUGCUCCGCUGGCUGGCCCUACCGAAUAUCACUGGCAGGCCGAUCGGCAGCACGGGCGAAUCGCCGCCAUCGCCAGGGCCUAAUGGUUCCUCCACCGCUGCUGGCAGACACAAGACAUCAAUCAGCACAUUUGGCAGCCAGGCCACAUCACAUCACAUCCAGCCCACCGCCCUCCCUCCCAAUCUCUGCUCACCUGCAGCAGGGGCGGCCUGCACCUUUCCAUCCAACCCGAUGAUGCGCACGUCGUUGCCAAACCGGCCCAUCCUCAGCCGCUCGGUGUAUCUCUCCCGCAGCCUGGCCAGCACAUCGGCUGCAGAGGGCUGGUCUCCCUUGGCAAUGACCACCUCGACCGUCACGUUGUCCUUCUCGUUGUCCUCUGAGAGGGGCGGGGUGGCCAUGUCGACGGACAGACGCUCCCGCGGCACCUCAGUCAGUUGACUGAGGCGAUUCGACAGGGUGUCUGUGAACACAGUGGCCACAUCGGCCACCUGAACAAACAAAGAGAGAGAAGGGGGAGAGAGAAGUGCGGUGGGUCGAGAGUGUCUUCACCGACUGACCUCUCCGUAUUGGACGUUGAGUGUGAGGUCGACAGUGACAGAGCCCUCCUGGCUGCUCUUCGGGAGGAACUGGUCACCCGAUGAUGGCUUGGUGCUUUGACACAUGUCUGGCGGGCAGGUGGACACCUGCAUUUGGUCAGUCUGCUUCUCGGAGGGGCAGUUCCCCUCCACUCUGCAGAGAGAACGCAAUGACAAGAGGGCGAGGGAGGCCAAUAGUGUGUGUGUAUAUCGCUGCGCUUACAUGAAUCUGCGUGUCCUCCUGCAUUGGCUGUCGCACUCGCCCCACUUGCCCCAUCUGCCCUCACACUCAGCUGCACACAGACAGACACACACACAGACAGGCAGACAGACAGACGGGAAUCCCUUCAGGUGUGUCGCCUUGGCAUUGAUCCAUCCAUCCCUCCCUCGUUCGCACCUGCCCCUCCACAUGAAGAGUCCUGUCCCUCUGUGCAUAUCUCUGCCUUGGUUUCGCCGUCGUCGUGGAGGCACUUCCUGCCCCCUCCCUGUGCUUCCGUGAGCACCUGGUACGUCCGCCGCCGGAGGCAGUUGUCAUCGCAGACGGACCAAGCCCCCCACACGCCCUUGCAGUCAAUGGCUGCCACCACACACACACAGAGAGAGAGAGAGAGAGAUGAAAGAAGCAAUGUGCUUUGGGAGGGGGGAGCCGCGGGGGACUCACUUGGCAGGCACAUGUCGCCGGUGCAUUUCUCGGUGACCUUCGUUGUGACCUCAUCCAGCGGCCCCUUGUCGCAAUCGUACCCGCCCCUUUUGGUGGCCCGCCGCACCGUCUUUUCCCGCCACCUCUCGCACUCGGCGCUGCACUUGGACCACUCCCCAUACUCGGGGUCGCCGCACACAUACGGAUCGCCGCUUGACGAAGCACCAGCUGCUGCUUCUGCCCCUGCUGCCGCUGUGGUGCUGUUGGCCGCCUCUUUAUCGUUGUCUUUGUUGGCCUUUUCCUUGUCCUUGUCCUUUGCCUUUUGCGCGACGAUCUGUUGGUUCUCGGUCUGCUGUUUGGUGCAGAGGUGGAGGUUGCAGGCAAUGGACUGGACGAACCCCGACUGGCGCUUGCAGGGCGUGCCGUCGUUCUGUGGGGUCCUUGUGAUGGUGUAGGUCCGGUGUUUGGUGCAGGUCUCGUCACAGGGCUCCCACAUCGACCAGGUGCCACGGCAAUCGACGUCUGCAUCAUCACACGUCAUCAAAGUGCAAUCCCAGAUCCCAGAUCUUUUUGCCCGUGUUGUGUGUGCGCUCACUCCUCUGGUACAUCUGCACGUGUGAGGGCCCCCCACACGACUGCUCCCUGUCGCCCUCACACGCCGUCGAGCACUGACCACCGGCAUUGUCACUUCUGGUGACCGUCGGGCCCGCGCUAAGGCCGUCGAGCACCAGAGUGGGCUCCUCAUCCCCCUCACCCAACACACGCACACGGUGGUCGAUCUUGUUGGCAUCCGAACGCACGCCCUCGUCCUUUUGCAGCAGGGUCAUGCUGCUGUUGGUGUUGGUGCCCCCUGCCGCAUCGACAGGGACCCCCUGCGGCGCCAUCAGCCCACAGACACACUCGUUGCCCCCACUCAGACCAAAGAAAGGGUAGCCCGGGAACGUCACCGCCUCUGGGCGCGCACUCGCGAGAGCGAUGGCUGUGUCGUUCUCUUCAGCUGCUGAUGGUAGAGUGUUGUUGCCGUAAGCCGCCUGCAAGAGUGCUGGCGUGUUUACGUGAGAACAGAGGUAGAAGCAGAGGUCGACGGUCAUGACGGAGGGGUCGUGGAUGGGGCGGGGGACGGCGACAGUAACGGAGGGGUGCUCCAGCUUCUCGUAGCACCCCACUGGGGCGUAGGACAGGCCUGUGCAGCAACAGAGAGGGGGGAGGGCAUAUGUGUGUAUGUGUGUGUGUGGGUAGGGGCCACUCGCCUUCGGAGCACUGGUCGGUGUAGCAGGGCUGCUGCUGUGACUCCAUGUGUUUGUGGGGGCACUCGUUGCCGUCGCCCUCCCUCUGCUGCGCCACGAUGAACGUCCGGUUGCGCAUGCAGUCAGACCCGCAGGCUGACCACUCGCUCCACGUGCCGUUGCACGACUUAUCUGCAAACAGGGGAGGGAGGGGAGGGCCAUUGGUGUCAUUGGUGUCAUGUGUGUCUGCUACUCCCUCCCUCUCAGUUUGUAUGUCUCCCUUACUUGGGCACUGGUCCCCCUGGCAUCCGACGCGCUGGACGUACCCGGCAUCAAUCGCACACGCACGCCCCUCCCCCUCAGGCCGCUUUGUGACAGUGUACAGCCUCUCCUUGACGCACUGCUUGCUGCACGGCCCCCACUCGCCCCAUUUGCCCUCGCACCCCACACUGACGCCCUCAACCUCCUCGAUCAGCUGCUGCUUGUCGCUGAGAUCACUGAGCUCGCACUCGGACUCCUCGCAUUUGUCAGAGUCGAGUUCGACUGUCUGAUCUGGGUGGAGGCAGGCCGUGCCCUUGCCGUAUGCCGGGCGGAUGACAGAGUAGACGCGAGAUCGCGCGCAGGUGCGGUUCCGCUGCGCCAUGCACUUGGACCACUCGCUGAAGGCGCCGUAACAAUUCUUGACUGAUGAGACGAGAGCAACAGAACAAUGGUCAGAGAAAAAGGUUGUUGUGGCCGGGAUGUGUGUUACGAGAGAGUGGUGUACCGUUGGCUGGCUCGCAUGCAUCCGAGUUGCACGGCCUGACGUCGAAUUGGCCGUCGGCUGCGGGGCAAGGCUCCCCUCCCUGGGAUUGCAGCUUGGUGACCUUGAAGGUCCUCAUCCGCAGACACUCCGCCCCACACGCACUCCACUGGCUCCACCGGCCCUCACACGCCAUCGCAUUGCUGGUUGCCGAUGCAGUGGUGUUCUUCUCGGCCUCGGUUUCCAUGUUGCCGCACUGGCCGUCCCUGCAGGCCCGGACGAUCUGUGUGCCGUCGGCUACGGGGCACUCCUUGCCGUCGCCCUGCUUCUCCUGCGUCACCCUGAAGCUCUUGAUGUGCUUGCAGUUGGCCUGGCACUGAGACCAGUCGGCCCACACGCCCACACAAUCGACGCUCUUCUCGCCGGCCUCUUGGUCCUCUUUCUCGGCCUCCUGUUUGGCCUCCACGGUGGCUGUCUCUGGGCAGGCGCACUUGCGCGUCUGCUGGGCGCCCUCCUCGUGUUUGCAGCGUGACCCUCGGCCGACAUGUGGCUGGGUGAUGGUGAAGCUGCGGGUCUGCUUGCAGGAGUCGUCACACACCGACCACUGGGUCCACUCGCCCUUGCAGCUCACGUGAGGCGUGUCUGCAGCAGGAGAGUCACGGCACACACAUGACUGACUCCUACGCGUUUGUUGCCUGUGCAUGGGGCUUGCUUACGGAAGCUCAUAGCGGUAGUGCCGUUGACGGAGCCGAAUUGGUCAGAGACGGAUCGGUCGGCGUAGACGAAGCAGGGCAUCUGUGUGGAUGUGGAUGUGUCGCUGCGCCUAGACCUGCUGGCAUAGCACGCCGGGCCGUAGGCUCCCCAAUGCCAGGCGGCGUUGGGGCAGCCGCUGCGAAUUUUCGAUUCAACGUUGUCGUAGUGCACCUGCAUUUGUGUGAGAGGGAAGUGACACAGAUGUGCCUUUCUUGCGCGCGUGCGUGUGUGUGUGUGCUGUGUUGUGCUGUGUUGUGCUGUGUGUGUGUCUACCAGGCACUCUGACUGGCACCCCUCUGUGGUGCCAUUGCUCUGACACAAUGCCACGCGGUCAUCUGAGAGAGAGAAGCAGCACAACACAGCAACAAAGAUACCUCCGGUGGCCAUUUGUGUGUGGCAGUGUGGUCUACGUACCAUCGCCUGGCACAGGCGCACCCUCAGCAAAGCCAUCGACGGUCGUGGCGUUGCCCCCUGCCGGCAGCCGCGUCUCGUCGGCGUCGAAGCCCGUGCACAUGAUGCGGUGCCGCUCGUCAAAGUCGGUCUCGCACUCCCCGUCGAGGAUGUAGCACAUCCCUAUGUGGUCCUUCCGCAGACCUAGGGCGCCCGAGUGGUCGUACUGAAACGUGCACCUGGCCACACACAUCCAUCGCAUCGCUGUCAUCGUCGAGCAUUGAGUGGUGUUAGGUACUUGAGCAUGGGCCUCCUCUCGCCCUCUGCGCCAGUGUCGCACAGGAUCUCGCAGACGGAGGAGACCAUGUCGUCGUGCUCGCAGUUGGAGAACAUCGGCCAGGCGUUGGUGGGGCCCAGCUUGUCGCAGCUCGGCAAACGGCCCCAGAGGGUCGUCUUGGCACACCUGCACACACACACAGCGAGAAACAGAGAGAGAGAGAGAGAGUGGGUACGAGCAUGGGCGCAGAGGUGGCGAGUGGGCUGUUUGCUGACCACAUGUCGAGAGUGACGACGAACUUCAUCUCCGCCACCUGCACUAUCCUCUUGCAGUCCGCCAACUCGUCGCUGCACACACGAACACACAGACACAGGCACAAACAGCCACACAGGCAAACCCGACAAUCAGGAGAUGCCUAUGCCUUUCAUACGCCACACGAAGUUCAGUACCUGGUGAGCAGCCAGUGGUGGCUCUGGUGGUUCUUGCAGUCUCCACGCGCCCACCUGCACACACACACACACACACAGAAAACCACGCAAAAGCAGGUGUCACCGUGUCAUACAGAUCUGCCGUGCAAUGGUGUGCUGUGCCCGUCACUCACUUGCAGCCGAAGGUCCUGUCAAACACCACCAGCCGGUUGCUAUCCGGUGACAGCCUCUCAUACUCGUCGUCGUCUUCAUUCUCCUCGUCGUCGCUCGGCUGCUGCAGCAUCCGCGAGUAGCCCAGCGCCGACACAGCUACUGAGAUCCCAUCUCUGCCAUACUGGCGGCUGGCGCCAGAAUUGUGUUGUGAGAUCUGCAGGCCGAGCGACGCAUCUGUUGUGCGGAUGGAGGCCAGCAAGGACAGCAGGGGAAAGGCAAGAAAGUGCGUCAUCGGCUGGUCGGCUGGGUGAGCA